UAUAUCUAUGAGGCUAAAGUUAAUAGUGAUUCCAGAACAGCUUAGUAAAUCCAAAUACGGUACUGUAAGAGAUUAUUUAUAAUGCUAGGUUCAGAACCAAGAGUUCAUUUGUUUAUUUUUGCCUUAUGCCUCUCAGCAGGUCUCUACCAUGGGUGACAGGGGAACAAGCAAUCACUCAGAAAUGACUGACUUCAUUCUUAUAGGCUUCAGGGUCCGCCCAGAGCUCCACAUUCUGCUCUUCCUGCUAUUUCUGCUUGUAUAUGCUGUGGUCCUUCUAGGGAAUGUUGGGAUGAUGGCCAUUGUUAUGACUGAUCCCCGGCUGAACACACCAAUGUAUUUUUUCCUAGGCAAUCUCUCUUUUAUUGAUCUCUUCUAUUCAUCUGUUAUUGCACCCAAGGCUAUGAUCAACUUCUGGUCUGAGAGCAAGUCCAUCUCCUUUGCAGGCUGUGUGGCUCAGCUCUUCCUCUUUGCUCUCUUCAUUGUGACUGAGGGAUUUCUCCUGGCAGCCAUGGCGUAUGACCGCUUCACUGCCAUCUGUAACCCCCUCCUCUAUUCUGUUCAGAUGUCAACACGUCUCUGUACUCAGCUGGUGGCUGGCUCCUAUUUUUGUGGCUGCGUUACCUCAGUUCUUCAGACGAGCAAGACAUUUUCUUUAUCCUUUUGUGCUUCUCGGACUGUUGACCACUUUUACUGUGAUGCUCGUCCACUUCAGAGAUUGUCUUGUUCUGACCUCUUUAUCCAUCGAAUGGUAUCUUUUUUCUUAUCCUGUGUCAUAAUCUUGCCUACCAUCAUAGUCAUUGUUGUUUCUUACAUGUACAUUGUGUCCACAGUUCUAAAGAUACAGUCUACUGAAGGACGUAAGAAAGCCUUCUCCACUUGCAGUUCUCACCUGGGAGUAGUGAGUGUGCUGUACGGUGCUGUCUUUUUUAUGUAUCUCACGCCUGACAGAUUUCCUGAGCUGAGUAAAGUGGCAUCCUUAUGUUACUCCCUGGUCACUCCCAUGUUGAAUCCCUUGAUUUACUCUCUGAGGAACAAAGAUGUCCAAGAAGCUCUAAAAAAACUUUUGGAGAAGAAAAAUACUAUUCUAUGACUAUCAUUUCUCUUU